CUUCAAGUGCCUUCUGAGAGGAGACGUAUCCAAUUUCAUUUUAGGGCCUUUCGUACGACUGUCAUUUGUCACGCGCGGUUGGCGCCAGCCAAGGAAAACCUUCAUCGUGCAGGUUUUUCUUUGGUUGUGCGUUUCCGAGACUCCAAAUUUCCGCUUUGGAUUCGCACCUUUUCAUUAAAGAAGGCGUAUCCCAACAUAACAAAAUUCUUUCCUUGAUAUUAGGCCAACAUAUCCCAUCGUAUUGACCCACGAAUCGCUGUUGUAUUCGUUUGUAUCGUGGUGAGUUCAACCAAAUACAAUAUGGCGCUGUUACGGUAUACAUGGGUAGUUCUUCUGCUCGCCGGCGUUACUAGUGCUUUGACUGGAAUUCGCCUCAGAGGAGGGAAGCAUCAGCACGAAGGUCGGGUUGAAAUUGAACAUGAUGGACAGUGGAAAGCAGUAUGUGACCAUGGAUGGAACAAAUACGCAGCUAGAGUGGUAUGCCGAAUGCUUGGGUUUCCAGACAUGCUGCGGUACACAAAAGGGUUAGUUGCACAAUUGUUUUCCACCUAAGUUGUCUGCGGGUUUGUUAUUACUCAAAUCGUACAAAGAAUGGUUUUCGAAUAUUUCGAGGAUUUUAGUAGUGCUUGCGAAGAUAUAUCCUUGUUGAGCAAGUUCUGCUGACACCAUGCAAACCAGCGCUGGCUUUUCGAAGGUUCUGGCCUCAUUCUACGAGAUUCUAAUCUACCUCACCGUACACCCUUGGAUCUUGGAAGUCGAAUUGUCUAAUUUCAUUAUUUUUAGCUCCUUUCUAGAAACAAAUUAUUACAUAAUGUAGUAGAUACGCCGGCUAAAGCAUGCAAACUCAAUGAACAGACUAAUUAUCGUACAUCAAAACCACAUGCACCCAGGGUUUUCCGAUUACGUUAGUGUCUCGAGCAGUUUUAGCUUACAUUAUAUUUAUUAUUUAUUUAUAUAGUACGUCAUAAAAUCUCGCGCCAUUACGCGAUAGGGACAAUCGCCCUUUUGUUUUAAUCAAGACAUUCCAGCUGCUCUGUAGAUUCAAAACAAUCAUGGCACAGAUUACUUUCUCAUUUCCUCCGCGAAUCGUUUCAUACUUCUCAUUGGAUGGAUCGAGUCAAGGUUUAUUUUUUUGUACUUUUAUUAACAGUUGAACUUAAAAAAGUCUUCAGAAUACUUUUUGGUUAUAAAAAAAGAUAAAUGCUCCUUUCAAUUCCCUUUGAAGAAUAAUGCUUUGCGGCACAAGAAAGAAAGAAAAAGCUAUGCUUUGUAAUGUUCUAACCGGCCUUCCUUAAAUUUUCUUUUCUUUUUAUUUUUAAGUCAGUCAUCAGGUGCUUUGCGUUUCCGUCAAUUUAUCUAAAUGUGGUUUGAACAAAUAUUGUCACUUAGAUGUCCGAACCACAUUAAUUUUCCAUUGGUGACGUAAUUUUUCCCUUUGAAGUCUAAUAGAACAUAGGUAAGAACAAAUCAAUGUAGUCUUACUGUUUUAUGUGAAUUCCACCUGUAGAAUGAACAAAGCAGGUUUCGGUUUUCAGUGUGCCCUUAUUCGCUGCUCAAAUAUAGCAUGUUACGUCAUCAUGUUGACGUAAAAAAAGAAAAAAAAAAAAAGAACCGAUUUUCUAUCUAACGGCUCUUUUUUCAGGCCGGCAAUACCGGAAGCAUACCAUGCUUUUCAAAGACAAUGGUUGGAGAUGUACCAACUUUGUUCAUUGUUUAUUGUUUGAAACCGUUACUCGAAAAUUCCGUUCUUAAUUAGAUAUGCUAGAGCUCGGAAGUACGAUGCUUUCAUCCUCCCCCGCAAGGAGUUCACUGGAAGAAGUUUGUCUUUCUCUUCCUUUGUAAACUCGCCAGGGAUAUGUAUAUGCCGGAGUUGGGUUUCUGUUAAAUUUGUUUUUAACAAAACAAUUGUAGGAAGAAUUUUUUUGGCUUUCAUAUUUUUCAAUCAUUUUUUUGUAAAAGAGCGGGCGUGUUUCGAGCUCAGAAACCAGAUAAAUGAACAGCUCUUUGUAUGUUCGCUAUAUUUUGUUGUUUUGAAGGCAAGGGCAGCGAUACAGGAAUGAAGCAUGAGUCGAAUGAAAGCACUGGUUUAUGACCCUUUUUCCAAAAGGCCGCUUUUUCGCAUGUAAGCUGCCCUUGUUCGCUCUCAGUAAUUUCUAAAUACAAUUCUACAAAGAACUGUGCUUUCCUGCUCAAUAAAACAGCGCCUUACAAAAUGUCUUCUUAUCAACAGGAUUGUAAAGAGCAUUAUCAUUUUUUAAAUCUAGCGCCUCUCAUUAUUUUUUGUCAAGCCUAUGCAGUGGAGCACCAGUUAAGAGAAGUCAUAUUCUUGAAGCAUGACAAUCAAAGCUGAUGGAAUCCAUGGAAUAUUAAUCAGCGAACAAAAUAAUUAUCACUGGCACGAAUUACCGAAUGCAUUUAUCAAAUACCUUACAUAGGUUGCUUGAUCUGAAACGUCUCUCUCUGAAAGUGUCUCAUUCAUUCACUUCCAUUUUUAAGACAAGACAGAUUUGGCCAAAUAACUUACAACUACUGGUUAGACGAUGUCAGAUGUCGAGGAGAUGAAGAAUCUAUCGAGCAGUGUUCGCACAGGGAAUGGGGGAAACACAACUGCCGUAGAUAUAACCAGGCUGGUGUAGUUUGUAAACUGGGUUUGACUGACAGUGUGACUUUUGCGGAGCCACCAAAAUCCAUAAAUAAGGUAAGAAAUAAUCACAUAUAUGGACCGAGAUUCUAAAUCGAUCGGCUCUGAAUAACAAAGUGCUUUUGGUCGUGUGAUUUUCACCCUCCGCGCCUUAACAAGCAAUCAAGAGCUUCCUUAGUCAUUUCCUAUUUUCUCGUGACCUUAAUGUGGGAUUCGGGGGUGACAUUGUUAGGGAAGAUCAAAUGCUAAUCGAUCACUCCUAGAGUUUGUGUUAGAAAGAAAAACAAAUAUGCCUAUGAGUACUUACAAACUGUUCACUGUUAACAGUAAUUAAAGUUACACUCAUUUCUCUAUGUACUCGAGUAACAACUCAUCAUGUCCAUCGCAGGUUUUGAGCUUGAAAGUCAGGUUACAAGGCCCAGUUGUUGAUGAUUACAUAUCAGAAGGUGUCGUCCAAGUAGAGCACGAGGGAAAGUGGGGUUAUAUUUGUCCUUCUCAAUGGACUCAAUUUAACUCGUACGUGCUGUGCGGCCAGCUUGGAUUUCCUGACGCUGAGGAACUCGAGUCCCAUACGAAAACCAUCCAAGAUUUGGAGCCCGUCUAUUGGCUGGACCAGGUGACGUGCAGAGGAUGGGAGUCAUCGAUUGUGUCUUGUGACCAUUCAGGGUGGGGACCUAAGCAGUGUGAGGAGGGAGGGGCAGUGAGGAUUGAAUGUACCAGGAGACGAGAAGAUAAGGUUAGUUGAUCACAACACUUUAUAGUAGAAGGUCAGGCCAUAAUUAAUAAGCCAAUUAUGUUGAUUUUCAAAUCAAAAGCUCGAAUAGUCAGCCUCAGUUUUACAGGGUGUCUCAUCCUCUCCCCUCGCUAAUGAGUCGGAAGGAGAGAGAGUCUGUGAACAAGAUUACGCAGUCGAGUGUGUGCUCCAUGGACAAAGACCUAGCUUUAAGCAUUAUGUAUGAAAAUCUCCAGCUUAUUAUUAUUUGGGUAUGGAAGGGUCUCAAGAAAAGUCUGUAAUUGGAGAGCCUUAUGCAAUGUCAACCUUCAUUUGUUUAAAGUGAGGUCAUAAUGUAUUUUUCUCGUCAAGCCACACUCCAUUCGCCUUCGAAGUGGUGCCCAGAUGUCCGAGGGGCGCGUAGAGAUCAAGUACAAAGGGUCUUGGGGAACUGUAUGUGAUGAUCAUUGGACACUUAAGGAAGCAAAUAUUGUCUGCAGGUCAUUGGGAUUCGGUUCUGCGGCAGCAGCAACGAAGGCAGCGCAUUAUGGCAAGGGUGUGGGAAAGGUGAGUAGUUGAAUUUAACUAUUAUAAUAACUGACUCUGUAAAUCACGUGUGAUAGUUUUGAGAAUUACACUCUUGGAUAAAAAGGAAAUGUUUGCAACGGAGUCGAGGAGUUUUGAUUUGCCAUCGUUUCUCCCGCUGUUAUGAGCACAAAGAGACGAUAAGCAUCAGUUUUUGUUUAAGUGGGUUGUCGGUCCAUUGCAGGCCACUCUCUGGAUCCUUCAGCGUUUCGCUCAGAUUUCGUUGCAGUUACACUCCUUGGCGAGAGUAAGAGUACUGUUGGAGUAAAUGUUUGUCCCCAAACAACGAUACUAUGACUGAGCACGAGAUUAAACGCGAGAGAGUGAAUCUUAGAGUAAACUGAAUUGUUCCUGAUGUUUGAGGUCGCUAUGGUUGUUACAUAGGAAAUCGUCAAAAGGAAUGAAUUUCUCGUAAACAUAAACAACAGUAGCAACAGCAGUAACAACAACGACACCAAAACAAGUAAAUCUCAACGGCUCCUUCUGCAUCCUACCUGAUUUCCAUGAAAUAUUCUAUUUCAGGAGGGAUCAUUUACAGGCCAAUUUUCAGGAAAAAAAUAUUUUUUAUGAUGUGUACGGUGUUUUUUGUUACAGAUCAUGCUCGAUAAUGUUCGCUGCGAAGGAAGCGAGCGUAGUAUAACCCAGUGUCGUCACCACGACUGGUACAAAACAAAUUGUGAUCAUUAUGAAGAUGCGGGCGUCAAAUGCCACGCCCCAGAGCUUCAAGGUCACCAGGUAAAUAAUUCCCGCACCACUGAGUGGAACUUCGUUUUACUUACUAAAAGGCAGCUUUUAAGCAACUCCCUUAAAUAAAAUUACCACUAGUUAUUAAACUUUACUCAAACAUCAGCCCUUAAAAGAGGCCAUCAUUACAAUUCCCUAAUUUAUGUAAAAAUGCAACAAUUUAUAAAACGAGGAAAUAACGACUUCGAAUACACCGCUAUUGUUAUCCAAUGAAAAUACGGAAAUGAACUAAUACUUAUAGACGAGGAUCCACUUUAGAUCUUAGGAUUUCAUUGAUGGUUGCAUUGUCACCAUCGGGCCUAUUUCUUUUGGCUUCACUCAUUGUUUUAAUGUUAUUUUGGAAGUUUUAUAUUCGUUGGCUAUUCGAUGUCACUUUUAAUUUCUUUGAUUUUUUUCAUAUACCUUAAGAUAAAAUGACAAGCGAAGCUCUUUGGCUGUCAUAACUAAUUUUUCAUCCUAAUGAGGCCUGAAAUGCUCCUCUCUUUUAACAGAUCAGGCUUAGUGGUGGUGGUAGCAUUUCCGAGGGUCGCGUUGAAGUCUUCCAUGAUGGCAAAUGGGGAACCGUUUGUGCUGAUGGAUGGGGAAUAGAGGAAGCCAUGACAGUUUGCCGACAGUUGAAUCUCGGAUUUGCUAGCCAAGCUGUUAUCGAAGGUAACUUUGGGGGAGAAGUUCUUCCAGCCAUUUUAUCUGGAGUUCAAUGUCGAGUGGACGCGAUAUCCAUUUACAACUGCGAGCAUGACGAGUUCGCGAACACCAAAUGCAGCAGCAAAGGCAAAGUAGCUGGCGUCGUUUGUGUUGACGGUAAGGCGUGACUAAUUUAAUAUUGUGUAAUAUUUAAGGGGUUACUUACAUUUUAGUGAUUUGCUUGUAGUUAACACGAUUUGAAUUCAAAGUUCGAAGAUAUUUGGGUUUUAGCUAUCGCGUUGAGUUUCCUAUGGUGAUUGUCUCGUCUAACUUCCAUUAGUUGACUUGCACAGUUUGUCCACUGACUCUACCUUGGACCCACAUAAAAGUUUUUGUUUUGGCCUUGGCAGUCAAAGUUUACUUGUUUGAUUGGAUAUUAAAUUGAGUCGAUUUUACAUUUGUAAACUUCUUGUCAAAGGGUUAUUGUUCUGAUAACGAAUGUUUAAUCUUCGAAGGUCAGUGGGCCCGCAUACCUACUCAUGCCUGCCGAUAGUAAAUAUAAAAGCGUGUACUACAGAGUUCGUAAUCAAUGUCAAUCAGAGUAAGAGUCGGUCGACCAGAGUAACUCAGAGUAAGCAAGAACCGAUCAGUCAGUCAGAGUCAAGAGUGGUUGAAGGGGGAAGAAGUAAUAGAAAUUAAUUGUGCAGUAGGUAGAAUUUAUCAGAGAGCGAAGACUAAAGAAGACUGAAAGACUAAGCACGGUGCGCUCUGCAGCUGGUUUCCCCCAAAACACGCGCUAACGGAAGGAUCAAUAUUUAAUAAAAUUUGUAUUUUGACACAACCUCCUUACCAAACCACGGAAACCUUAAUACAGAGUUAAAAGAAUAUGAUGGACAAAGCCAAAGAAUGCCUUCAACAAAUAAGAUUAAGGUUUUAAAAAAGGCUACUGCGGUGUUGAUGCCAUUUUAAAUUCUGCCUGGCUAGUUUUCAUGAUCCGACAAGCAGAUGUUUAUGCACCGAGAACCUUUUUCCAUUUUCUUCCACAGCUCUUCCUGAUAUAGUGCCUGAUGUGGAAUUGCUACGAAAAGACAUGAAGAUGCAGAGUAUUCCUAUGGAAUACUUGAGGUGCUCUCUAGAAGAGAACUGCCUUUCAGACUCUGCUAAUUACAUCCGGUAAAAAUUAAACCUAGUUUAACAAAUCAAAAGAGAAAACAAAACAAACAGAAAACAAACAAACAAAAAAGUUAUUGGCGGUCUCAACAUUGCUUGCUUUCAAACAAGAGAGAUCAGAAGACAAUUUCAUAAGAUUGGAACGGCUUUAAAAGCGUUUUCCCUCUGAAAUGGCACUGAUAGCGAAGACAUUAGAGAACUUAAGCAGAGUCCGAACGAUUUUGAGACGCGGACUGAACUGGGAGACGAAUAAAACUAAUUCCGAUGCGCUUUGACGCUCAUGUAUCGACGGUGAGGUCGUUUUAGUAUUUAAACCAAACUUUGCUGACCAAAAAAGGUGUAGUGAACAUCAGGAGCGAGACCUUUAAACUUCUGGCUGCCGUCCGCGUCUCAAAAAGGUUUGGGCUAAUGGCUUUUAUCAGCGGGAACGUCUUGGUCGCUUCUACAUUAUUCUAAACCUACCUAGUCGAUCAAACUGAUGACAAAGUGAGAGGUCACACUGAAGUUACAUCUACUUCUACCAAUAAACUGCAGUGGCAACCGCUUUAAAUUUGUUCCAUGAAUACUUACAAGGAGGUCUUUGUUGACGCUACGCGUAAGUGGUAUGUUAAGCUUUCCUUUCCUACUGAAAAUGAGAACAAAUUAGACGUCAGGUGAUUCGUCCUUAAUUCAAGUCGAACUACGAGUUAAAGUUUACCUUGGUUCCGAGGUAGACGACCUGUCUCACUUGCUACCUGAUAGAGAAUUCAUUUCAUUUGUGUCUCACCUAAAUGAAGUUCCCUCUUCCACUCAGAUUUAAAGAUGAACAGAUCGAGAUUCCAUUUGUUCUACUCGAAUUUCAGAAAUCCAGGAUACCAUUCAAGGCGUCUUUUGAGAUUCAGUGUCAAAAUUGAAAAUCAAGGAUUGGCGGAUUUCAGACCGAAUUUUCCCAAGUCUGAGUGGCAGUGGCAUAAGUGUCAUAAGCAUUACCACUCUAUGGAGACCUUCACCACUUAUGAUCUCAUCGGUAAGUUUAAUCCAUUAUCUCCCAGGAUCUUAGUGGUAAUUCUCCUUACUGUCUGCCAUACAAUUCUUAUGAUGCUAGUUUGGAGAAUUUGGUAUUGGAUCAACUAAUUACCCCGUUAAUUGAUAUUUUUCUCUCUUCUCAUUACUUGUCUGUUGGAUUCUGUAAGGACGAAAUGGUUACUCGUGAGAGCUUAAGGGUUUGUUGGAUAGUUCCCUUAGGUUUUGAAAUCCAACAAUUUGAUUGGUCUCAAGCCAUAUCUGACACUAUAAGAACGAAGGUUAAAAUCCAAACAGUUUAAUUUUUCUUCCAUGAUGUUUGUUUUCUGAAUUUCAAUUUUGGAAUACAGCUGUCAGUGAUUUGUUGCAAUGAGGUAUUUUAAAAGAAUUUUACUUCCUGUAGAGCAUUAAAGUUAAUAUAUUUUUAAUCUCAUUAAGAUAAGGAUUCAGGAGAGAAAGUUGCUCAAGGCCACAAGGCUAGCUUCUGCCUCGAGGACACAAUGUGCGAUCCAGGCUAUGACAAGAAAUUUAACUGUUCUGAAGAGGGCGGUCAGGGGAUUUCUCCGGGCUGUUACGACAUUUACAACUGGAAAAUUGACUGCCAGUGGGUGGACUGCUCGGACUUCCCACACGGAUCAUUUUAUUUGAGAGUACAUCUGAACCCCGGCAACCAAGUGGCUGAAUCAGAUUUCAGGAACAACGUGGCGAAGUGUUCCGUGUAUGACUACGGAAAUUAUAUCGUCACAAGCAAGUGCAAAAUCGGUGAGUCGUUCACAGUUUACAUUGCUUUAAAAUGAUACAGAUGUCGGUCGACAUGUCUCGAUAUUUGGAAAUUCUGAUAAAUUUCUAGCACGUGAACUUUCAUAGAGCAUACAACAUAUUUACGAAAUGCUCUCCAAGACUACCUUGCCAUAUGAUACGUGAUUUAUGCAAAGUGCAGCAGAGAGUCUGUACUUCUCAAUUUAAGAUAGGAUGAAUUAUUUCUUUCCUGCUGCGUUUCGUAGAGGAUUGUGACAGCGGUGUGGACACCCAUGGCGGGAAUUCAGCUGGAAAUUGCUGUGUUUUUCCAUUCCGGUACAACCGUAAACUGUACCACGACUGUACAAUGGACGGCUACACUUUGA